AUGCUGGAGUCUUAUGCUUCAGCUUGUGAAGCAGCUGGUGUUGCGCUGGGAGACUGGAGGCAGCAGAGUGGCUGUCCUGAGAACUGUUGUCCACUGGAUUGUAACUUUGACAAAGACCUGUGCCAUUGGGCCCAAUCCAAGAGCGAUACGUUGGACUGGACACGCAACAGAGGGCCGACACCAUCAUAUAACACAGGACCGAGCUUUGACCACACCACAGCAGGUGGUUACUACAUCUACAUUGAAGGCAACGAUGGCCAACCAGGAGACCGAGCCCAUCUGGUCAGCGGUCCAUGUGCAGAGAGAGGAGCUCACUGCAUGCGAUUCUGGUACCACAUGUAUGGAGUAGGUCAGCGCAUGGCUUUGAAUGUUUACCAGGUUGAAAGUGGAACAGCAGUGCUGAAGUGGUCUGAUUCAGGAAAUAAGGGAAACCGAUGGAUUGAAGGACAGGUUGACCUUGACCUGUCUGGAGGUUCUCAGAUCCUCCUGGAGGCGGUCCGUGGCCAAGACUACCGGAGCGAUGUUGCUGUGGAUGACAUUUCCUUUCACUUAGGAUGCUGUGGAGAGGGUUGUGGAACGACAACAACUACGAGCAUCUCAACUACAGCCAGUACCACAACGCCCGCCCUUACAGGUCAUGCCACAUGCAGCACUUCAGGAGAUCCACACUAUAAUACCUUUGACAUGCAUGUUCAUCACUUCAUGGGAACUUGCACAUAUGUGCUCUCCAAGCGAUGCAGUGAAGUUUCAGAUCUCCCUUUUUUUAGUGUGUCAGCAACAAAUGAGCAGAGAGGUGCCAAUACCAAAGUGUCCUGGGUGAAUUCUGUGCAUGUGUUAGUAUAUAACAGCACAAUUUCCAUCAUGAAAGAUCGUAAAGUCCUGCUGAAUGGAGAACGAGUAAACCUGCCUGUGUUUUUCAUGGACCUUCUAGUGAUACAGAUGAGUGGCACCUAUGUUCUACUGGAGACUGACUUUGGUUUGUUGGUGAGGUUUGAUGGUAUCCACCAUGUUGAUGUGUCAGUGCCAUCUACAUAUUCUGGACUACUUUGCGGCAUGUGUGGUAACUACAAUGGUGACCAGAAUGAUGACAUAAUUAUGCCCAAUGGUAGCUUUGCUGCAGAUUCAAAUAUGCUUGGAGAGAGUUGGCAAGUACAUGAUGGGGAGACUGAGUGCAAUCAUGGUGGAAAUGAGUUUAAAUGUGACCCAGAAGUAAUGGAAAAUGCAGAAAAAAGUACUGCUUGUGGAAUGAUUACUGAUCCAACAGGAUUGUUUAAAGAAUGCCAUGCUAAAGUUCUUCCCAAGAAUUACUUCGAUAACUGUGUUUAUGAUAUGUGCAUGGAUGAUGGGCAGUCCAGAACACUUUGCUUUGCCCUACAGACUUAUGCUGACUUAUGUACUCAAGCAGGAGUUUGUGUAGAAUGGAGAAACAAUACACUAUGCUCGUUGACCUGUCCCAGUGGAAGUCAUUAUGAGACAUGUGGGACAGGAUGUCCUGCUACUUGUAUGAACCCAUCUGUACCCAAUAGCUGUCUUGUAUCAACUGUUGAAGGAUGCUUCUGUGACCCUGGAUACAUUCUGAGUGUGGACAAAUGUAUUCCAAGCAGCCAGUGUGGCUGUGUAUAUAACAACAAAUAUUAUCAGAAGUAUGAAAGCUGGUUCACAAAUGCAAAUUGCACUGAGCGCUGUACAUGUUUGGGCAAAAAUAUUACUGUCUGUAAAGCCUGGAAGUGUGGAGUGCAUGAGAAAUGUGAAAGACAGAAUGGAGAACUAGGCUGUCAGAUGGCAGGAAGUGCAUCCUGCCAUGUUGCUGGCGGUACUCACUACUAUACCUUCGAUAAAAUCAUGUACUCAUUCUCGGGCACUUGUGCGUACACCCUGCUGAAAAUGUGUGACAACAGCAGUGUGAUCCCUAUCAGCAUCAGCAUAUUAAAUACAGGACAAGGACAACUUCCUUCAUCUUAUUUGAGGGAGAUCUACAUAGAUGUCUAUGGUGUUCGCCUUACACUACAGAGAAACAGGAGGAUUUUGCUGAAUGGAGUAAGGACCCGUACACCAAUCCCAGGUUACAUGAAAGGUAUAAAGGUUAUAACAAAUGGUAUCUACACAAUAGUUGAGACAGAUUUUGGCAUGGCAGUGAAAUAUGACGGCACUCACAAUCUUGAGAUUAGUUUGCCCAACUCAUACUAUUCAAAGGUGUGUGGUCUAUGUGGUGAUUACAAUGGUCAGCAAGUUGAUGAGUUUCGAAUGCCGAAUGGUCAAAUUGCAUCCAGCGCCAGUCACUUUGGAAACAGUUGGCAAUCAAAGGAAUUUGGCAGUCAAGGCUGUGUGUCAAGAAGCCAACAACAGAUGGACUAUCUUUGCACUCCAAAAGAGAAUCUGAUAAUUGAGUCCAAGUGCAAGGAGCUGCUGUCCAAUAAGUACCAAUCCUGCCACCCACUUGUUAACCCAGAUCUCUUCAUCAAGAAUUGUGUGCAAGAUAUGUGCAAACACAAUGGUCUGCUCUCAGCACUCUGUGAUAACAUCCAACAUUAUGCUGAUGUCUGUAAGAAACUGGGAACAGAACUUAAAUGGAGAAACAGUACUUUCUGCCCUCUUUUUUGUCCAGUGAACAGCUCCUAUGUGACUUGUGCUCCAGCCUGUCCUGCAACAUGCAACAAUAUAAAUGCAGGAUCCAGCUGUGCCAAGGCUUCCAUGUGCGUGGAAGGAUGUGUGUGUGAUGUUGGCUUUGUCCAGAGUGAUGACAGAUGUGUUUCAGUCAGUGAGUGUGGCUGCAGAGACACCAAUGAUAAUUACCAUCCUGUUGGAGAGGUGUGGCUGACACAACACUGUAUCCAAAUGUGUACCUGUAAGAAAGGUGGUGAAAUAAACUGCACAAGCUAUGGCUGUGGAUCCAACGAGCAUUGCAGCCUGAAAGCAAAUGGGCAAUAUACCUGCAGACCCACUGGGUUCAGCAAAUGCACUGCUGGGGGAAACCCAUAUUAUUUGGGUUUUGAUGGUUUGGUCCAUCACUUCACGGCUGUGAAUCGAUACACAUUGGCAGAAACAAUCGGCAUUCCGAAUAGACUGCAGGAGUUCAGAAUUUUUGGCAAAAAUGCACCUCUAAAGGAAAAGAAGGCAACUGCUCACCUGCAAGAGAUCACUGUUGAAGUCUACGGCCACACUAUUUGUUUUGAGGAAAAGCAAAAACUUGUGGUGGAUGGUGAACUGAUAAAGCCUCCGAUUCAGCCUCAUGAUGGUCUGUGGAUAUACCAAAGAUCCAAUAUGCUCCAUCUGGAAACGGACUUUGGCCUAGCUGUCAGCUUUCAUGAGAGAGCUAACUCAGAUAUCACUCUGCCGAUUAACUACAAGAAGUGGGUUCGAGGACUAUGUAAUAACUUCACAGGAAAAGGCAAAAAUGAUCUCAUGCAAUCAGAUGGAAUAAGAAAUAUGGAAAUGAAUGUUUUUGGUAAAAGUUCAGGGGUUGACAAAAAUAAUCCUAUACCUGGAGGACCAGAAGCUGCAGAGAGGCAGUGGCAGCAACCGACUACAGAUGAAAAUCUGGGAUUGGCCUUGCAGUGUAGCAAAACCGAACUGACUCUCAUAAACAGCACCAGUUACUGUGGAAUUAUUUCUGAUCCAGAUGGACCAUUCGGCAACUGCCAUAGAUUCAUCCCCCCAGAGCAGUAUCAAAUGAACUGCAUUUUCAGUAUGUGUGCCUUAUUGAAUAACACUGAGGUGCUGUGCCUGAGCCUGGAACAAUAUGCGCUACACUGUCAAGAACAAGGAGUCACUCUAGGAGAAUGGAGGAGUGACACCCUCUGUGAGAUGGUAUGUCCAGAAAACAGCCAAUACAAUAUGCAGAUGUCAGCCUGCCCUGCUUCAUGUGGUGACUUCAAUUCCCCCUCAGAAUGUGAAGCAGCCAACAUGGAGGGUUGUGAAUGCUUACCAGGCUUCAUACUCAGUGAUUUCCAAUGCGUCCCCUACAAUAAAUGUGGAUGCAUGUAUCGAAACAAGUAUUAUGAGGUUGGGGAAAAAUUUAUCACAGAAGAUUGCUCUGAAGCGUGUGAAUGCAUUGGUACUGCCACAGUUAACUGCACAAGAAUGCUGUGUACUCCCACAACUACCUGUACCACCGCUAAUCGCAUCAGAGGAUGCUACUGAUGAAAGAACAUGUUGUGUACAUUUAAAUCAAGGAAAUACAGCUCAAGGACCUAUUGGAAGAGAGGACUCACAAGAACAUGUUCAACAAGUCAUGUUAUAUCUGAUGAGAGGCGAUGAUGGUCAACUAAAAAUCAGAAACUAAUAGUAAACUGUUGUUGUCUGUCUGUUUGAUUAUUAAUUUACACAUCAAUUAUAAACUUUGCCAAGUAGGCCAAGUUUACUUA